AUGAUGGACGAGAAGUUUGCUAACGAAAUGCCGCCACGCCGCCCCUAUGACCACAAGAUACCGCUCAAGGAAGGAAAAGAACCCCCAUUCGGGUCACUCUACCAGAUCUUCACCCAGGCCAGCUCUUCCCCCGCCGGUGCCCCCGUCCUAUUUGUUAAAAAGGCCGAUGGAACACUCCGUCUCUGCGUCGAUUAUCGUGGCCUUAAUGAACUUACCGUAAAAAACCACUAUCUGCUGCCGCUUAUCUGGGAAACUCUCGACCGCCUCUCCAAGGUCAAGUGGUACACCAAAUUUGACCUUCGCCAAGGGUAUAACCAGAUCCAAAUGGCUGAGGAUGAAGAAUGGAAAACAGCCUUUCGUACCCAUUACGGGCAUUUCGAAUAUACGGUAAUGCCUUUCGACCUCACCAACGAGCCAGCCACCUUCCAACACUUUAUCAACGAUGGCGUCCGUGACUACCUCGACCUGUUCUGUACAGCCUACCUUGACGAUAUUCUCAUCUAUAGCGAUACCCUCGAGGAACAUCAGGUACAUCUCGAAAAAGUCCUGGAAGCUCCACAAAGAAAUGGAGUACUGCUGAAACCAGAGAAAUGCGAGUUUCACACACAAAGUAGUACCUACCUUGGCCUCAUCAUCGAACCCACCGUCAUUAAAAUGGAUCCAAAGAAAGUGGAUACACUGAAGAAUUGGACUGUUCCUAAAACAGUUAAGGAUGUGCAAGCAUUCCUGGGGUUUGCCAACUUUUACCGCCGAUUCAUACGUGGGUUCUCAGAACUGCAAGAGGCUUCUCCCCUUACCAGACUGACACAUAAGGACAUAUCGUUCGGAUUAAUACCCGAAGCCCAAGCUACCUUCAAUGCCCUGAAGGAAGCCUUCACAACCGCUCCCAUCCUCACCCAUUUCGACCCCGAGAAGGAAAUUACUAAGCACUUCCCUGCCGAAUGCAACUACGAGAUUUAUGACAAAGAAUUAUUGGCGAUCAUUCGAUUCUUUGAAGAAUGGCGACCGGAACUUGAAGGGGCUACACACCCAAUCGCCGUUAUAUCCGAUUAUAAGAAUCUUAAAUACUUUAUGAGUACUAAACAACUCAACCGGAGACAAGCACGUUGGGCGGAAUACCUCUCACGGUUCAAUUUUGUCAUCAAGUACCGACCAGGGAAACAAGGAGGAAAACUGGACGCAUUGACAAGGAGAUCAGGAGAUCUCCCUGGAGAGGGGGAUGAAAGGCAAUUACACCAGAGUCAAUUCAUAUUGAAAAAGGAGGAUCUUGAAGCAAAGCUUAAAUAUAACACUGGCCCAUUCCCACAAAGGAUACUGGAUAUGCGGAUCAAAGGCCGAUUGUUCUACCGAGGUAGCAUAUAUGUACCCGACUACGACCCUCUUAAACUCCGGAUCCUCAAACUGUACCACGACGCUGUCUCUGCCGGACACCCUGGACGUGAAAAAAUAUUUGAACUCAUCAGUCGAGACUACUACUGGCCCCUUAUGUGGAAUUAUAUUGCCCGCUAUGUUCGGAACUGCCACAGCUGUCAACGAAGUAAACCCAACACCCAGGGAAAACUCGGCAUACUUCGACCUUUACCGAUCCCCGAACAACCAUGGCAAGAGGUAUCAAUGGACUUCGUUACUGGCCUACCGGAGAGCGAGGGGUACAACGCAAUCAUGGUAGUUGUUGACCGGUUAACAAAGAUGCGAUAUUUCCUAUCCUGCAACACCACCAUCAACUCCGAAGACGUCGCCCAGUUAUACCUGCGAAAUACAUGGAAACUCCACGGGCUACCCACACAUGUCACCUCCGACCGUGGCUUGCAAUUUACAGCCAAAUUCUGGAGGACUCUCUAUAAACACCUCGGCAUCGAAGCAAGAAUGUCCACCACCUUCCACCCAGAGACCGACGGCCAAACUGAAAGACUGAACGCCGUAAUGGAACAAUACCUACAUGGAUAA